AUGUCCGGAUGCAAUGGGGUGAAGAGCCUCAUCGGAGUGACCGCUUCACGAUGCCUGCGAUCUUGUUCGAUAUCACCACUGCGACCUGGUGCAACCCGCCUAAUUCAACGGAACCUGUCUCGCAAUGCAUCGUGGUUGGCGCUUUGUCGACGCCAUCAUUAUGAAGUGAAUGUCAAGAAAGAUCAAAUCAGAGAGCACAUUCGCUCGCUGGAAUUUGGAAGACGGAGGUUCUCUACGAGCCCUGUGCAGAGCCAUGGGCACAUUGAUCCUCCCAAACCAGGCGAGGAGCUUCAUGUUACUUUUAUCGACAAAGACGGAACCGAGCACAAAUUCGAGGUUUCCAAAGGCGACAACCUGCUGGAUAUAGCGCAAGCGAAUGACUUGGAGAUGGAAGGCGCUUGCGGCGGUUCCUGCGCGUGCUCUACCUGCCACGUAAUAGUCGAGUCCGACGAAAUGUAUGAUAAGAUACCCGAGGCCAGUGACGACGAAAACGACAUGCUAGAUCUUGCAUUUGGAUUGACCGAGACAUCACGGCUGGGGUGUCAAGUCCACAUGAGCAAAGAGCUGGACGGGUUAGUGGUCAAAUUACCACAGAUGACGCGGAACAUGCAGGCAUCGGACUUCGAAAAGCGAUGA